AUGUCUAAAAGCAAUCAAGUUGAAAUAUUUUAUAACGAAUAAGUUUCACCCUAAGAGUCCAAAAAGAUGAAAUGGUUCGUUUUAUUUGCUUAUAUUUUCUUAGCAUUUGCAAAUGUGCUUGGUUUUGUAAGUUAUUCGCCAGUUUGGUUAAAUGCAGCAGUCUACUAUGAUAUAGAUGCUAACGAUUUGUAUUGGAUAGGAAAUAUAUAUUAUAUAACAUUUUUUGUAUUCGGACCUCCCUUUAUUCCUCUAAUAGAGAAAAGACUUGAUUUAUGUUUAUAAGUAUCCUCAAUAUUGACAGCAGCCGGAGCUUGGAUAAUAUGGGUAGGGAAACAAAGCUUUUUCAUGUGUUUGGUUGGAUAUUUCUUUAUUGGAGUUAGUGAAGCUUUAUUUUUGGCAGUUCCUGUUUGUAAUUAUUAACCUUAGGUUAUUGUAGAUUUAUCGGAAAUUUGGUUUACUGCUUAUGAUCGCACUUUGGCCACUUGUCUAGGAAGCUAUGCUACUCUCGCCGGAAUCAUGGCUUCCUACACAUAUUCAUCUUUUUAGUUUUGGGAUCUAAUCGAUUAAGAAGUUAUCAAUGUCAAAAUUGAAGAAAUGAACUUUAUUAUUGCAAUUUUAAAUACUAUUUGUGUCCCAUUUUGUUUUCUUUUCAUAAGAAGGAUAAGUCAAAGAACCAGAAGUGGAGAGGAAAAUGUAAAGUUUUUCUAAUAGUUCUUUGACAUUUUUAGAAUCGAAGAAUUCUCAUUGGAUCUUUUGGCUUUUGCCAUGUUUAUAGGAAUUUCUUGGGUUUACAUCUCUGUUAUCGCUCUUCAAUUAUAUCCUUUUGGUUAUACCUAAUUGGAGAUAGGAAUUACUGGCAUAUUUUUUACAGGGUCGGGGAUUAUCGCUGGAAUAUGGAUUUCAUUUAAGUUAGAUUAGCAAGCAAGAUAAGGGAAAUAACCUGAUUACGAUACCAUCAUACGGUACACCACUCUGCUGGGUUUCAUGGCUUUACUUCUGUAGGCUUUUCUUAUCUCCUACUUACCCUUUUGGCUUUUGAUUAUAUUGAACAUCUUCAGUGGAAUAGGGUUGAAUGUUAUUUAUCCAAUAGCCAUUGAGGCAUUCGUCGAGAAGCUAUAUCCAUUAAAGUCUUUGAUUGUAAGCACUUGGAUUUUGGGAAUAGCAAAUGUCUUGGGCUUUGCUUUAAAUUAUAUAUUAGUAUUGCCAACAAUCCUACAAUAUGGAAUUUGGUUAUCUUUACUAAUUCUUACUCCAUUUUAACUAUACUUUAUAUUGUUUUAUAAAUCUAAGUUUAGACGAUUCGAAUUAUCAAAUUGA